CACUCCAGUCGCUGGCGUUCAGAGUAUGCAAUUUUUGAAGACGCCGAUACCCGCGACGCGCGUUCUUGUUCGUUCGAGCUUGUAUUAACUGCCGUCGGCCUCGGUCUGCAAGAAAGGCAGUUGAAAUGGGUGACUGGGAGUAUAACUGCCCUAAAUACGUGAACCUGGCCUCGAGCGCUGAAGAGAGCGUUGAUCAGCUUGAGCAAUACUUUGAGGUUGAUCAUGAAGAGGAGCAAACCUUUAGAAGGAUGACAAGAAGUGCCUCUGCUGCACUGGCAGCAUCAGCUGGGGCCCCAGCUGGUGCUCAAACUCAGCAACCAGGUCAUGACAAAGCGACCAGGAAACUUAAGAACCAGCACGAGCCGAAAGAGACAGAAUCUAACCCGGUACAUGAGCUGAAUGCCAAAUCUGUGUCCAGUACAGAGCAUACUUCGAGUAUUUUAGUGAACUCUGGGAAGGAGAAUGAUACUCAAGGAACUGCCCAGGCACAUGUUGCUCUGAAGAAGACAAAUAAAAGUUCAAAGGUUGUUUAUAGCAAACAAAGGCACCCUCUUCGAGUUCGCAAUGUCAUUGCCUCAUCCUGCAACAUUGCCCUGAGCAAGCAAAGAGCUUCUGCUGUGAAAAAGGCUUCAACUUCUGUGAAGAUGCGCACUGUAUUAGUAAGAAAACGUCCAGCUUCAUCAGCAGUAGGGAAACGUGAGGCUGGUCUGUCGCUGAGAAAGGAUGUAGCCACUUCCGCAGUAAAUAAGCAUGUUCAUACAGCAGUGAAGAAAUCUGUGCCUCCAUUAGCUGUGAAGAAGCAUGUAGUCCCUUCAUCGGUGAGACAGCAUGUACAUCCCUCAGCAAUUGGGAAGAGUGCUGCUGCUUUGUCGGGCCGGAAGGGUGCCAGUCCUGCACUGAGAAAGUCCACAGCUCCUCCAGCAGCACAGUGCCAAAGUUUGGCAGAAUUUGUGGGCAAAUUCCACAGCAAGACACCAACAAGGUUUCGACGGGUUCCAAAGGACCCAGGUGGACAACGCCAAGAUAUGGCAUUUAAAAAGCCCACAAUUCCUGUGACCCCAAAACUGGCUACACAGCUGCGAUCACGGACUGUUUCCUUGAGAGACCAAAAGCGAAAAGAGGAACUUGUCAACGUUUGUGCCAGCAAGCCAAAGAGGCCGAAGGUAGAGGCAGUGCAAGUCAACACAUGGGCGGCACCAGUGUCAAAACUGGCAUUGCAUGCCAAGAAAGCUGAAGAGAACCCCUUGGCUUCAAAUCUCGCACCAAAUCCACUGAAAACGAGGAAGCUUGCCAAGGCUGCAGCAUCAAAGCAGGUGUCGAGAAGGGUAACGAUUGCCAAGUCUCCAGCGUUUGCACUCAAGUUACGAAGCGAAACAUGGAAGCAAAGAAAGCAAAUGGAGAAAAGCACUUUGUACAUGCCGAACAAGGAUGAAGACCAAUCCCAAGAACAAACCAAAGUGAGACCAGAAAUGUUAAAACAUGUUGGCAAAAACAAGAAGUUGGACAAGAGGACUGUUACCAAGCAAAUCGAGCAGGAAGUUCACCCAAACAGAGAAAAUAAGCUACUAUACGAGUUCCACGCUGAGCCUGCACCAGAUCACAGAAAAGCAUUUUGCCCAAGAAGCAAAUCUGCGGCAGUCAACACAAAGCCAACAAAGCUUACCUCAGUUGAGGACCACCAGAAAUCCACAGAAAUAGAGAAAAAGAACGUUUCAGGAGGCAGGCCCGGAAAGAGCAACAUGGAUGAAACGAAAAGGUUAAAUGUGAAGUCAAGCCAUUUUCAGGCAAAGCCUGCACCAAACCCCAAUCGAGUCUUUCGUCCAAGGAACACAUCAGCGCCACCGACGAAACCACAAGCAUUCAGACUGGCCUCGGUUGAGAGGCAACAACGAAGCCUGCAAGAAAUUCCAAAAAAGUCAAGCCAUUUUCAGGCAAAGCCUGCACCCAACCCAAACCUCGUGUUCCGCCCAAGAAACAUAUCAGCGCCACCAACCAAACCAAAGCCAUUCAGGCUGGCCUCGGUUGAGAGGCACCAACAAAGCCUGCAAGAAUUUCAAAAAAAGAAGAAGCAAAUGGAGGUUGAGCGAAAGAAAAUGACAGAAUUUGUUGCCAGGCCAGUACCAAGAUCCCUGAGAGCUCGUUCCAACAGUGUGGAUCCUGGGGGUUAUGUUGAGGUCAAACAAGGAACUUCAGGUCACAUCAGCAGACCCCGCCGCCGUUGUUGACGCAUGAGCCAGGGAGUCAGGUCAAGAGCAUCGCCCCAUUUGGCCAGAUGCAAGAUUUUUGUGUUUUAAUAAACAUACAGCUGAAAAAGUCCUGAAAAAGGAUAUA